ACAAUGUCUGUUUUUCGUUUUCGAUGUCAGACCUGUUUGUCCUGAUUCCUUUAGUGUGAAAUCAGUCGCUGCUGCUGGUUCUUAGACAAACACAAGACUAGAAGAUGAGUGAGUGUGUGAAGAAGAGAAGAGCAGCGUCUCCAGCUCCCAGUUGUGUGUCCCUGAAGAGUGACCAGUCUAGAGAAAACCCCCCAUUCUUUAGUGAUGAACCUGGACCCUCAGACACAAAGCAGCAGCCCUCCUGCUGUGUUGUGUGUGAACACAGACUGAAGGAUCCAGUCUCUAGCAGCUGUGGACACUGGUUCUGCAGACAGUGCUUCAGCUCAUACUGGAACCAGUCUGGACCAUCAGAACACUCCUGUCCCCAGUGCGGUGAAAUAUUAAAAAGAGAUCGACUGGACCCAACCAGUCAGACCAGCACCAUCCAAACAGAUGUUGCUCUGCAGGAGGCUUUAGAUGAACAUAAGCUCAGUCUGAAGAACAGAUGUGAACGUGUGACUGAAGGAGGUGAAACAGGAAGUGGAGUCCUCCUCACCAGCAUCUACACUGACCUCUACAUCACAGAGGGACAGAGUGAAGAGGUGAACACCCAACAUGAGGUGAGGCAUUUGGAGACAGCUUCCAAGAAGAAGACCCUCCAUGAAGCUCCCAUCAAGGUCCACGACAUCUUUAAAGCCUCCUCUGACCCACACGGACCCAUCAGACUGGUUCUGACCAACGGCGUCGCUGGCGUUGGAAAAACCUUCUCGGUGCAGAAGUUCACUCUGGACUGGGCCGAGGGCCGGGAAAACCCAGACGUCAGUGUUCUGGUUCUGCUGUCGUUCAGGGAGCUGAACCUGAUCAGAGAUCAGCAGCACAGUCUUCUCACGCUGCUCCAUGUUUUCCAUCCAACGCUCCAGAAGGUCCCAGCAGAGCAGCUCGCUGUCCUGAAGCUUCUGUUCAUCUUUGACGGCCUGGAUGAAAGCAGACUCUCACUGGACUUCAGCCACAGCGAGCUGGUGUUUGACGUUACACACAAGUCAUCGGUCAACGUGCUGCUGACCAACCUCAUCCAGGGGAACCUGCUUCCCUCGGCUCUGGUCUGGAUCACUUCCCGACCCGCAGCGGCCCAUCGGAUCCCUCCUACGUGUGUGGACAGGGUCACAGAAGUACGAGGCUUCACCGACGCCCAGAAAAAUGAGUACUUCAGGAGGAGAUCCACAGAGGAUCUGUCCAACAGAAUCAUCUCACACGUCAAGACGUCCAGAAGCCUCCACAUCAUGUGUCAGAUCCCAGUGUUCUGCUGGAUCACUGCUACGGUUCUGGAGCACAUGUUGACUACAGAGCAGAGAGGAGAGCUGCCCAAGACCCUGACAGACCUGUACUCACACUUCCUGCUGGUCCAGACCAAGAGGAAGAAGAACAAGUACCAUGAGGGACAUGAGACGAGUCCACAGGAGCUGACGGAGGCUGACGGGGAAGUUCUCCUGAAGCUGGGGAGGCUGGCGUGGGAACAUCUGCAGAAAGGAAACAUCAUGUUCUACCAAGAAGACCUGGAGCAGUGUGGUCUAGAUGCAACAGAGGCCUUGGUUCACUCAGGAAUCUGUACAGAGAUCUUCAAAGUAGAGAGUGUGGUCAUUCAGAAAACCGUCUACUGCUUUGUCCAUCUGAGCGUUCAGGAGUUUCUGGCUGCCGUCUACAUCUUCCACUGCUUCACCAACAAGAAGUCAGAGGUUCUGGACAACUUCCUGGAAAAAGAAUGCACCAUGUUCUCCCUUGAUUUCUUUCUAAUGGAAACAAUGACCAAAUCCCUGAACAGUCAAAGUGCUCAUCUCGACCUGUUCGUUCGCUUCCUUCAUGGCCUCUGUCUGGAGUCCAACCAGAGAAUGUUAGGAGGUUUGCUGGGUCACACGAAGAACGUUCAGCAAACCGUCAUAGAGAGAACCAUCAGGAACCUGAAGAAGAUGAACAAUGACCAAAUCUCUCCAGACAGAAGCAUCAACAUCUUCCACUGUCUGAUGGAGAUGAACGAUCGCUCAGUCCAUCAGCAGAUCGAAGACUUCCUGAAGUCAGGGGACAUAUCAGAGAAGAGACUCUCUGCCAUCCACUGCUCAGCUCUGGCCUACAUGCUGCAGAUGUCAGAGGAGGUUGUGGAGGAGUUGGACCUGAAGAAGUACAACACAUCAUGGGAGGGACGACUGAGACUGAUUCCAGCUGUGAGGAACUGCAGAAAGGCUCAACUUUCUGGCUGUGGACUGUCAGAGACUCAUUGUAAAGUUGUGGCCUCAGCUCUGAUGUCCAACCCUUCACAUCUGACAGAGCUGGACCUGAGUAGAAACUACAACCUGGCAGAUUGUGGAGUGAAGCUACUUUGUGCUGGACUGGAGAGUCCACACUGUCGACUAGAACGUCUAAGAUUGAAGUCCUGCAGGUUGUCAGAGACCAGCUGUGGUUCUCUGGGCUCAGCUCUGAGGUCCAACCCGUCCCAUCUGACAGAACUGGACCUGAGUGACAACCAACUGGAGGAUUCAGCAGUGGAGCAGUUGUGUGGUUUCCUGGAGAGUCCAGACUGUCGACUGGAGACUCUGAGAUUGAGUGAAUGCAGCUUGUCAGAGACCAGCUGUUGUUCACUGGUCUCGGCUCUGAGGUCCAACCUGUCCCAUCUCACAGAACUGGACCUGAGUAGCAACCAGCUGCAGGAUUCAACAGUGGAGCAGUUGUGUGGUUUCCUGGAGAGUCCAGACUGUCGACUGGUGACUCUGAGCUUAAAAGGAUGUGUGUUGUCAAACAUCAGCCUUGUUUCUCUGGCUCUGAAGUCCAACCCGUCACAUCUGAGAAGACUGGAUCUGAGCGAGAACAGCAUCCAGAACCAAGACAUGAAGAAGCUGUGUGGUUUCCUGCAGAGUCCGGACUGUCGACUGGAGACUCUGAGACUGAGUUCCUGCAGGUUGUCAGAGAUCAGCUGUGGUUCUCUGGCCUCAGCUCUGAGGUCCAACCCGUCCCAUCUGACAGAACUGGACCUGAGUGAGAACAAGCUGCAGGCUUCAGCAGUGGAGCAACUGUGUGGUUUCCUGAAGAGUCCAGACUGUCGACUGGAGACUCUGAGACUGAAUAGGUGCAGUUUAACAGAGAUCAACUGUUCCAGUCUGGCCUUAGCUCUGAGGUCCAACCCGUCUCAUCUGAGAGAACUGGACCUGAGCUCGAACACACACCUACUGGAUUCAGGAGUGAAGCAGCUCUGUGUUUUCCUGGAGAAUCCAGCCUGUCAACUGGAGAUCCUGAAAUUAAGUCACUGCAGUUUGUCAGAGGUCAGCUGUAAACUUCUGGCCUCAGCCCUGAAGUUAAACCCUUCUUAUCUGAGAGAACUGGACAUGGAUUACAACAACCUGUCAAACUCAGAUGUGAAGCCACUGUAUGAACUAUGGAAGAGUCCUGACUAUGGACUAGAGAGACUGAGGUCAGUAAAGGUCACACUGAGCAUCACAGCACAGAUCCAACCUUCUCUGAUUAUUUGGGAGGAGAAACUGUGACAUGUGGUGAUGUUAAUAGGUUUUGGACAUUUUCUCUCUUGGUUGUUAUUUUAGCUUUUCUCUGUCCUGUGUUUACUGGUACAACUCUACCAUCAAAGCCACAAAGAGGCUGCAGAGCACUUUAAAGUGUGCACUUAAAUCUCAGGGAUGGCUCUGAAUGAGUGUUCUACCUGUACCAGGUUAGGACAGAAGAAGGUCCAGGCAGGUUCUAGUCAAUAUUCACAUAGUUGAGGUUGUUCCUGCUUGACCUCAUUCACCAACAUGUGGGACAAACAGACUGUUAAUUCUGCUUCUAUUCAUUAAUUUUCCUGUAUUUUCCUUUCCCAACAGUUGCCAGUUCUGAGGGUUUCUGAGUGUUCAGGCUGAGCUUCAGGUGGUAAAGAGGGUGUCUGUUAACCACAGCUGCAGGUAGAAGGCAGCUGCUGAGCCAGGCACAGGUUUGACACUGAGGACACUGGUCACAGAACAUAAAACCACGUGAACCUGCAUCACAGUAAAACGCUGAUCAGAUUAUCAGAGGACGCUUCUGAGCUUCAAAAGUAAUUACAGUUACAGUCUGUGAACUUGUCUCUGGUUCUGAUUAUCAACACCAAUAAUACUGUGCUUAGUGUCUGAAUCAAAACAUCUUCAUUAACCAUAUAAAGAAGGGGACGCUUCUGAGCUCCACAAGUAAUUACAGUUAAUGACACAGUGACUGUACGUUAACUGUAACAUUUUCUUUUCUCUAGAACCAUUGCUGUUAACAUCUACAUCAGUGGACAUAGAUCUAUGAAGUUCUUUCUGGUUCUGAUUAUCACAACCAAUAAUACUGUGUUUAGUGUCUUAAUUAAAACAUCUUUAUCAUUAUUCAUAUAAAAAAAAUCUAUUUUGCAUGUUGGGUUUUAUUAUUUUACGGUUUCACAUUUCUUUUUUUGAGUCUUUAGUUCCGUUUGUUUAUUGUUUAACAAAACAAUAAAGUUAGGAUUGAAUGGAUGAAUAAUGAAAGUUGAUCAUAGGUUGAAUUACUUCAUGUACACUGCUCAAAAAAAUAAAGGAAACAUUUAAACA